AGAAAGAACCCCUAAAAGCAGAAGAGAGGCGCCGCAAGCUAUUGUUGUUGACGAGAGAGAAGGAGGCUGCAGCGAUGGGUAAGAGACCGAAGAGUUCAAGGAAGGGAAAGAAAGAAUGGAGGGCCAACAUAAGCACUGAAGAUAUUGAAGAUUUUUAUGAUAAAACCACAAAAGAUGCUCUUUCCGGUGGUUCUUUAGCUGAUGUCCCUAGUGAUUCUCUUUUCUUCCUUGAUAAAUCCAGAGAUCUUUCUGUUAAGCGGAAGAUUGAGAAAAACAGAGAAAAAGUAUUGCGAUGUGAUAGUGUGUUGCAGAGAAACCCUUUUAUUAAAGCUAUUCCUUCCUCUACACAGAAUAAGCAAAAGUCCAAGAGAAAGGGUAAAGCUGUAUCCACACCAGUAGAUGAAGAUGCUGCACAGGGCAACGUGAAGGAUGAAAGUGCGCAUGUUUCUGGAGUUCUUGACUUGUGGGAAGAGAAAGAAGGAGUGAAGGCAAAAAUAAAAAAGAAGCCCAAGACUUGCAUUAUUCCUGCUGUUGAGGUUGAACAUCCUGGAUGUUCAUUCAAUCCUCACCCUGAGAGCCAUCAGGACGCUUUAGCUCGUGCUGUUGCAGAUGAAAUGCAGAAAAUGUACCAGCAUGAAUUGGGGCCUCAACCCAUCCCUUUAGUUGUCCCUGGUGAAGCUAUUGAUGAAGAAUAUAAAUAUUUCCUUGAGGCAGAUGCGGAUGGUACCGAUGAUGAUGAAAAUGAAAAUCAGGCUGAUGGAGGAGACGAGGAUGCAGAAAAGAGUUCUCAGAAAACCAAAAGGGUGACAAGGGUAGAGUUUAACCGGAGGGCUAGAAGGAAGGAACGAUUGAGAAUUGAAGCAGAAGACAAAAAAGUGAAGGGACUUUCAAAAGAAAUAGACAGUUUACCUGAAAUAAUGGAAGAAAUUGCAAAAGAGGAUGAAGAGAAACAUAACCGACAUCUCCGAAGGAUUGUUGCCAAACAAGAAAGAUUGAAAGCUCGUCCAUCUCGCUUGGGAAAGUACAAAUUUGAGCCUUCUCCACUCCAAGUUCUAUUGACCGAAGAGAAAACUGGUUCACUUCGGCAGUUGAAGGGCUGUUGUACACUAGUCAGAGAUCGUUACAAAAGCCUAGAGAAAAGAGGACUGAUUAUCCCAACAAAGAAGGGUAGCAGGAGGUAGAAUGGUUUCUUUGUGAAGACGAAGUGGAAUAUGUAGAGUCGAGAUAGCGAGAUGAGAAAGUGAAGCUGUUCUUCCAACGGUUUAAAUAGCAGGGAAAAUCAACAGCUGGUUUAGAACCAAAUAGAAAUAUCCCCUUUCGUCGCACUAAAAUUUUCGUUUUUAUAUGUUUUAAUUUUCGUUUUUGUAUGUUAUAAUGUUUACAAUACUGCACCUUUUUGGUUAUUGAAAUGUAGUAUAUGCAAGUGUUGUAGUUUCUUA